AUGAGGUAUGCUCCAGAUGAGUCCAACACUGAGAAGAAGAAGAUGUACUUCUUCAAGAAGGGUCUGAGUACGCGCCUCAAGGUGGCCCUCUCGGGACACACCUGCUACACCCUCCGGGAGAUGAUCAACAAGGCCCUGGAGAUGGAGAGGGACCGCCUGGAGGCCGAUGCUCAGUACAAGGAGAAGAAGCGCCGGUCCGAGAGUUCUUCUCGUGGCCCGGCACCCCAGAGGCCACGUGCUCACGUGCCCCCUCUGUCACGCCCCCGCUCUGCUCAGGGUGCUGCACCGGCUCCGAGUCGAGGAGGUGGUACCCACACCGCCAACUACCACCGCCCCACUCAGAGCCACCCUGUGCAGAGUACCAGCAUGUGGAAGGCCGCUGCACCCACCUCCACAGGCAGUGUGCCUUUCGCUUGCUUCAACUGUGGUCAGCCAGGCCACAAGGCUGCCUACUGCCCGGCGAAGACUGCUCCACCACCUGCCCCAGCUGCCGCCAGGCAGACACCUGCUCAGGGCACACUUUGCAAGCCAGCUGUGGGAGCCACCCGCGGCCGUCUCACACACCUGACAGCACAGGACGCUCAGGACGCCCCCGACGCGGUGUACGAUUCGCACGAGAGCACAACCUACCCGUGUCACCACGGAAGGUACCUAUAG